GUUCAAAUGAGUUCAUUAUCAUUGGUCCAAAAUAAAAUAAAAUUGUCUUUUCCUCACAUUUCAGUGCAAAAAGCCGAAGAGAGAGAGAAAUGGCUCGGAUCAUCACCUACAUCACCGGUUCUCAGCUUCUUUCUCUCCGGCGCCGCUCAAAUAUCGCCGUCGUCGACGUCAGGGACGAUGAAAGGAGCUUCGAUGGUCACAUAGCUGGGUCUCUGCACUUUUCCAGUGAUACAUUUGUCGAUAAAUUGCCUGAUCUUGUUCAAGCCACCAAGGACAAGGAUACUCUUGUUUUCCACUGCGCCCUAAGCCAGGUUCGUGGCCCCAAAUGCGCCCGUAGGUUUGCUGAAUAUAUUGCUAACGCGGACGAUGUGGGAGCGAAAAACAUCAUGAUUUUGGAACGUGGUUACAACGGUUGGGAAGCUUCUGGAAAGCCCGUGUGCCGCUGCACAGAGGCCCCAUGCAAAGGCGAGUGUUAAAAACCGAAGUCCCUUCUCACUCGAUAGGACUUCUAAACAAAGAUCAUAAUCCAGCUUUUGCUUUGACAAGAAACUUUGAAAAAAGCGUGCUUUUGUGUUAUGUGUUGGAAUAACAACCUCUUAAUGUGGGACUUCACCAAUUCAAGAACCAUGUAAUGAUUGGAUUCUUAUGAUAUUUUCUAUUUAUUAUCAUUGAUGUUUAUUAUCAUUGAUGAUACAAGAAAUAGAGUACACGUGGAGGAGAUGUAUGCUCCGACGUCCUCCUUAGCACGACUCCUAUGCACCGACGCCUAGGGUCGUCACCAGGGUAGAUCAUCUCAUCUAAUGCUUAAGUUAGAAAUGGGGUUGUAGGGCGGCAGUUGUAGAUUAAGUGUAGAAGAGAAGAGAGUGUCUCUUUACCUUGACCUAGGUCGUCCUUUUAUAGAGGUAGGUCUUCCCUCUCUCUUUACCUUUACCUGGUUUUAUUGAGAAGAGAGAGCAUCGAUUUUUCAUGCUUGACUGUAGCCUUUCGAAAGUUAAUUUAUCCUCACUAUUUUGUUACUUCUUCAUGUCUUAUUCU